GUAGAGCGAGAACGAGGCUGCCGCUGCUGCUGCUGGUGGUGCUGGUCUCAAGAGGAGCUGUGGAACAGAUCGCGUGGUUCGGAACGCGAUGCCCAGGUCGGCUCGCUGUUCGGAUCAACGGGCACCCAACCCCGCCGACACCGAGAGAGACAAAGGUGGCAGUGAGAGCGACGGCCUCGACCGGUGCAGCGACACCGCCAAUAUCUCCAACAACGCCGCCGCCACCACCUCCACUACCACCACCACCAUCAUCGCCACGACAACGCCAAAUAUGACGGCAGUGAAAUCGGCCAAGAAGAGGCCACUGGCGAUGUCAUCAUCAUCGUCGUCUCUCUCAUCAUCAUCAUCAUCUCUCUCAUCAUCAUCAUCGUCAUCCCCCUCUUCCUCCUCCUCCGCCACGGCUGUGGGGAGGAGGAGGCGCCGGGCUCGAGCCCUGCCUGGGGCGAGCCGCCAGCGGCAGGCGGCCAACGCUCGCGAGAGAGACCGCACGCACAGCGUGAACUCCGCCUUCAGCGCACUGCGGACGCUCAUCCCGACCGAGCCCGCCGACAGGAAACUCUCCAAGAUCGAGACUCUGCGCCUCGCCUCCAGUUACAUCUCGCACCUGGGCAACGUGCUUCUCAAGGGGCAAGGCCAUGGCGAUGGUGGUGGUGGUGGUGGGGAGGACGAGGAUGAUGGUGAUGAUGAUGGUGAUGAUGAUGGUGAUGAUGGCGAGAGUGGAGUUGGCUUUUGCUGUCAUGGCAGACGCGGCCACGUGCAGCUGUUGAAUGGGCACGGAGACCCUGCGCCCAGAGCGAUCUGCACCUUCUGCCUGAGCAGCCAACGCAAGAUGGGUCGCGACAUGGAACGACGCAAGGGGUCAUGCAGUUGAUGGAGUUGACG